AGAGUGAGAGAGAGGGAGAGAGAGAAAGCCGUAGGAGGAGAGAAGCAAGAAGAGAAGAGCGAAGAGAGCGAGAGCCAUGAUAGGCACACCUCUGCAGAGGAAAGCCCCAGCAUCAUCAGAGAUGGCUGAGGCUGAACUUCACAAGGAAAGGCUCCUAGCCCUCGCGGAGAAAAGGAAAAGACAGUCAGAGAUUGAAGACAAGAGGAGACAGCUGGACGAUCUGGUGCUGCAGCUACAACAUCUCAAGUCUAAAGCCAUGAGAGAGCGUUGGCUCCUACAAGGCACGUCCCCUGGAACUAACGACGAAGACGAUGGCCGAAGAAGACAGCUGGAGAAGGACGAAGAGCAGGGGAAGAGACUGGAGGACACUAUUCACAGGUUGGAGUCAGAGAUUGGUCUGUUGGAGAGCGAGGAGUGUCAGAUCUCAGCUAAAGAACAGAUGCUCAGAGAGAGACUGAAGAAGACUGAGAGGUCCAUAGAAGACCUACAGAAAAGUCUUCAGAAUGAACAUGAUGCUGUGAGUAACGCCUGUCCCCAGCUCCCCAACCAGCUCCCCGACCAGCUCCCCAACAAGCCGGACAUCAGAGACUCCACCACCACCUCUCCUCACCAGGCCCCAGCCUCAGCAGCACCUGCCUCUGGUGAGCACCCAAGGAAACCUGCGAUGUACGCCAUGGAGAUCAAUGUGGAGAAGGACAGGAAGACAGGCGACACCAGGAUCCUGUCAGCGUCUUCCGUCAGCCCUGACGAGGUGCCCCAGCGUGGGGUCAAGGUCUUCGACGACGGCCGGAAGGUUGUCUAUGAGGUCCGCUCGGGGGGGUCCACCACCCUGGAGAAUGGGGUUCACCCCUGGAGCUCCCAACAGGUGGACGAGCUGAUGCAACGGGUCGGGGUGCCCGCCGGUCAGGCCGACGGGGGUAAGGCUAAGGUUACUAUCACCCCUGUUGGUACUGGUGACACCAAAACCUCCCCCAGCUCCACUGACCGCACAGAUGAGCACCCUACCACCUACACCACCCCCCCAGCCAUCCGUAGCCCUGCUGCCAUGGCCCACAAGGUUCCCCAAGCUCCAGGCGCCCCUAUCACAAUCCAGCCUCAACCCCGUCAUGAGGUAGCCUACGAGGGAGAGGUGCUGGAGGCUCCCCAGGCAACGGCGGAGAAGCCAGUCACUAUGAUCUUCAUGGGCUACCAUAAUGUAGACAACCAAGAUGAAACCAAGAGGCUGCUGGGAUUCGACGGCACCAUCAAGGCUGAGAUCGUCCUGAUCGAUGACGACGAUGAGAAGUCGUUACGGGAGAAAACAGUCACCGACGGUUACUCCGUAAUCGACGGCAACGCCGCCGACCUGGUGUCCGGCUCCCGGCCACUCAGCGACACCACCGAACUGUCGUCGGAGGGGAAGGACGAGAGCUCUGCCACGGCCACCAAGGAACUCCCCUCCCCAGCAGGUAUAGAGAAGAAAAAGCGCUGCCAUUGCUGUACUAUCAUGUGACCUCAUUACUUUAACUACACUACCCACAACUCUCUAGUUUUUCCUGGGACUGCCGGGAGGGAAGAGCUCGUUGGUUCAUCGAGGCUCUGAUCCUCCUCCUCCCUAAACCCUCCUCUUCCUCAUCCUCUUCCUCCUCGUGGCUACUAACAGAACCUCCACCUGCCCUCUGACCUCUGGGACCUGGCUGGGGUUACAGCACUCUCUUUAUCUGACCUUUGACAUACAACCUCUCUCCUCUGUGAGCUGGUUGUGUCCAAACCUUGACCCCCUCUGUGAGCUGGGGAAGCAAAGCAUCCUGUCUCAUCUCUAGCCUUUCUGAGUAGACCCUAGACACUGAUCUCUGGUCAGUUGUUCCUUUCCCCCAAUAACGGUUAAGGACAGGAUUGGGAGAGGGGCAGCUGAUCCUGGAUCUUUAGCUAGGGGAAACCUCACACCGGAGGACAACACUACCAGAGCAGACCAGAGCAGACCAGUGCAGGGGUUUGGUUGGACAGUCAGUUGCUAGUUUAUGUAUACACAACACAUUGUAGUGUGGUGGUUACUAACUGUUAUUUUGGGAUAAUCAACAAUGAGAAUAGACAACAAGGACAUCAUCAAAACAAGCAUGUCAUGUAAAGAAAGAAAUUGUCUGUAAGAAAUAGGCUACAAUACAGUGAUUUAACCUGACUGUCUUGUUACAUAACUGAAUCUGAAGAUGAAAGGGCUGUUUGUGUGUCAUUUAGAUUGGCUCAUAUCUCAACAAACAUCUAUCAGCCACUCCUGAACACUAUCUAUCAGGCACUCCUGAACAUAAUUUAUCAGCCCCUCCUGAACACUAUAUAUCAGCCACUCCUGAAUGCUAUCUAUUAGCCACACCUGAACAUUAUCUAUCUGGUACACCUAAACAUUAUCCAUCAGCCACUCCUGAACACUAUCUAUCAGCCACUCCUGAACACUCUCUAUCAGCUACUCCUGAACACUAUCUAUCAGCCACACCUGAACGCUAUUUAUCAGCCACUACUGAACGCUAUCUAUUAGCCACACCUGAACACUAUCUAUCUGGAACACCUAAACAUUAUCCAUCAGCCACUCCUGAACACUAUCUAUCAGCCACUCCUGAACCCUAUCUAUCAGCCACUCCUGAACACUAUCUAUCAGCCACUCCUGAACACUAUCUAUCAGCCACUCCUGAACACUAUCUAUCAGCCACUCCUGAACACUAUCUAUCAGCCACUCCUGAACACUAUCUAUCAGCCACUCCUGAACACUAUCUAUCAGACACUCCUGAACACUAUCUAUCUGGAUCACCUAAACACCAUCUAUCAGCCACUCCUGAACAUCAUCUAUCAGCCACUCCUGAACACUAUAUAUCAGCCACUCCUGAACGCUAUCUAUUAGCCACACCUGAACACUAUCUAUCUGGAUCACCUAAACACCAUCUAUCAGCCACUCCUGAACAUCAUCUAUCAGCCACUCCUGAACACUAUAUAUCAGCCACUCCUGAACGCUAUCUAUCAGCCACUCCUGAACACUAUCUAUCAGCCACUCCUGAACAUCAUCUAUCAGCCACUACUGAACAUCAUCUAUCAGCCACUCCUGAACAUCAUCUAUCAGCCACUCCUGAACAUCAUCUAUCAGCCACUCCUGAACAACAUCUAUCAGUCACUCCUGAACAUCAUCUAUCAGCCACUCCUGAACACUAUAUAUCAGCCACUCCUGAACGCUAUCUAUCAGCCACUCCUGAACAGCAUCUAUCAGCCACUCCUGAACAACAUCUAUCAGCCACUCCUGAACAUCAUCUGUCAGCCACUCCUGAACACUAUCUAUCAGCCACUCCUGAACACUAUCUAUCUGGAUCACCUAAACACCAUCUAUCAGCCACUCCUGAACAUCAUCUAUCAGCCACUCCUGAACACUAUAUAUCAGCCACUCCUGAAUGCUAUCUAUUAGCCACACCUGAACACUAUCUAUCUGGAUCACCUAAACACCAUCUAUCAGCCACUCCUGAACAUCAUCUAUCAGCCACUCCUGAACACUAUAUAUCAGCCACUCCUGAACGCUAUCUAUCUGGAACACCUAAACAUUAUCCAUCAGCCACUCCUGAACACUAUCUAUCAGCCACUCCUGAACACUAUCUAUCAGCCACUCCUGAACAACAUCUAUCAGCCACUCCUGAACAGCAUCUAUCAGCCACUCCUGAACAACAUCUAUCAGCCACUCCUGAACAUCAUCUGUCAGCCACUCCUGAACACUAUCUAUCAGCCACUCCUGAACACUAUCUAUCAGCCACUCUUGAACGCUAUCUAUCAGCCACACCUGAACACUAUCUAUCUGGAGCACCUAAA